CUCACCUGUGCCUGGCCAUGAGCUGAACCUUGGGGACACAAACUGGGUCACACCCGGUACCUGUUUUCAAGGCAAUCUGGGAUAUGGAGAAGAGUCACACAUAUAUGAUCAGGACAGAGACAAAGCACAGCACCCUGGGAGCCCAGAGAUGUCAGAAGGCUUCCUGAAGGAGAUGAGGCCAAGGAGACAGCAGCCUCCCGGGGCGGCACCUUCAGCAUGCAGAUUCCUGCCAUGAUGUCUCUGCUACUUGUGUCUGUGGGCCUCAUGGAUGCACUUCAGGUACAGAGUCACCCCAUGGUACAGCGAAGCGUCUUCUCUCUAGAGACACCUCUGGACAUGGCUCCGGCCUCCUUUGAUGACCAGUAUGCCGGCUGUGCGGCAGCCAUGACCGCGGCCCUCCCCGAUCUCAACCGCACCGAGUUCCAGGCCAACAAAGUGUACGCGGACGGCUGGGCCCUGGCGAGCAGCCAGUGGCGGGAGCGCGGCGGGUGGGGGGCGGCGUGGGGGCUGAGCCCCACCCCGCUGCCCCGGGCCCCUGCUGGCUUCCGGGAGGAGCACGGGGUGGCCCUCCUGGCCUACACGGCCAACAGCCCCCUGCACAGGGAGUUCAACGCGGCCGUGCGCGAGGCGGGCCGCUCCCGGGCCCACUACCUGCGGCACUUCUCCUUCAAGACGCUGCACUUCCUGCUCACCGAGGCGCUGCAGCUGCUGGCCACGGCCCGGGCCCGGCCCCAGUGCCGCCAGGUUUACCGAGGGGUGCAUGGCUUGCGCUUCCGGCCCGUGGGGCCCGGGGCCACUGUACGACUGGGGGGCUUUGCGUCCGCGUCCCUGCACAACGUGGCGGCCCAGAGUUUUGGACAAGACACCUUCUUUGGCAUCUGGACCUGCCUUGGGGCUCCCAUCAGGGGCUACUCCUUCUUCCCUGGAGAGGAGGAGGUGCUGAUCCCCCCCUUUGAGACCUUCCAGGUGGUAAAUGCCAGCCGACCAGCCCAGGGCCCUGCCCGCAUUUACCUCCGCGCCCUCGGCAAGCUCAGCACGUACAACUGUGAGUACGUCAAAGACCAGAAGUGCAGGUCUGGGCUGUGCCAGCUGGAUAGCUCAGCCCCAGGCCAGGGCUCCCUCUCUAUUAUCUGGUCCUUCCUGUUGCUGUUCUGGUUGCUUAUGCUGAACCUUCCAGAAGGUGGAGACCUCCUCUGACCCACAGACAGUGAACUUCCCGCCUUCACCUCUGCCCACUGGAGGAUGUCAGCCAGCUAUGUGCUUAAGUGGAGCCAAGAUCCCUGGUAGACCCAUCCUGGGCCUUCUUUGGCAGCUGCCAGACCUGCCAGUAGGGAAUCAAGAGGGAGUUUGGGGACUGGACCAUAUCCUGGUUCCCAAGGCUGAGACUUUGGCUGGAGGUUGGAAGGAUCCCAAGACAGGCAGUGACAGUGACUCACGUGGAGACAGACAACUGCAACACUAGGGGUUGAGGAGAGCAUUGUAAGGACAGCACUUGGCCAUGGGACUUGCUGGUGCCUCAUACACCCAUCUGGAAAGCUCUCAUUCACUCCUUCUCAUUCACCACUGUCAGCUGUUGGGUUAGGGGCCCUGCCCCUCUGCUCCUAUGGGUCACUGGGGGAGUUCCUAUGUCAGACUCUAAACUUCCUCAGGACAGAGAUGGGGUCUGGGGUAGAGAUGGUGCUGGGAACUGUAUGAAAUGAAGAAAAAAAAAAAUGAAUGGCGGGUCCCUGCAUUGCCCUACCUUAGACACUACUGAGCUCUCCAAGUGUCACUGCGUGUGAGGGACAGCCUGAGGAAGGACAACUGGAGAAAUGGUGGAGAGAGCAUUAGGGCUUCUCCCAAGGCCAUUGCCAAAGCCAUUGUCAGCAAAGAUAUCAUUUCUAGGG